AUGUCUAUCAGAUGGCUGAAUAUUUGCUCAUUAUUAGUAUUAGGUUCACAAUUGUGCAACUCUCUAGACCUCCGUAGCUUCAUAUCCGGCCAUGGUCUUCACGGUACUAUUACGUUCACAGAAACGAAAUACUCCAUCAGAAUCACCACCGAUCUCAGAACCACCCUAGAGUUUCCCAAUCAAGUAUGGUCAUGGUACGUUAGUGAGUUUCCAGUUGAUUACUCAGAACUAGAAGACAGAUGUGAUGCAGAUAAACUGGGAAAGGAACUUAUCAACUUGGACGAUACCUUUGGAUACCUCAUCAUGCCUGAGAACCAGACAACCGACUUUAUUAGCAAAGAUUUACAAAUAACUGGUUCUCUGGGUUUAUAUGGAAAAUCUCUCUUGCUCAAAAAUCUUGAUACUAAACGAUCCAUAUGUGCCUCAAUCAAUUUAGUGGAUAAAUCCAAAGAAAAAACUGCAGUAGCUCGCUUCCACACUCCUUUUGCUGGCAGUGUAUAUUUCCGUUGGUUCACUGACGAAAAUAACCAUAGUGAUAUGCUUAUAACCACUGAUUUGUACCAUGUUCAUGAUAAAGAAAACCACAACAAAGCUACGCCAUACACACAACAUUUCUGGAAGAUAUAUGUUACUGAUAUCCUGGAGACCGAUAAAGACCGACAAGAAGACAAUUGCAAUAUACUCCAACUAGUUUUUGAUCCUGAUGAUCAAGGCGUUGGUAAAGCUCUUGGAGAUAUUGACUCGAGGCUUGGCAAGAUUAAGGUUUCCACCGACUACAACAAGUAUAAGUUCAAGACUCUGUUCAGAGAUGAAGAGUUGAUACUGCUUCCUAGUGAUCUAACUGGACCUCAAAGACGAUUGUACCUAGUUCUCUUUGAGAAUAAACAUAAGGAUGUCUUCCUAGGCUGUGCGAAGAUCCGUUACGAUCAUCCCACAAAUGCACGCGUGAUAAUCCAGUCUGGUGGAAUAAAGGGAGACAUCAAAAUGAUACAACACACAAAAUUCGAACCAACUUUCCUCACAUUCAACCUCACAACUGCCAGAGGUGACUUGGAAACCAGAAUUGUUUAUAGUUCUACCGUAUCGAACUAUAAAAUCCAUGAGCUGCCUAUUAAGCCUGCGAAGUCAAUAGGCCAGAAUGAAAAUGCGUGUCUGACUACAAAGUUCGUUUAUAACCCACAAAACAUCGACUUGAAUAGUGUUCCGCCCAAUGGAUAUGGAACACAAGAUCAAUAUGCAGUAGGUGAUAUUUCUGGAAAAUUAUUAGGAAGAAACAACGAGACCGUUCUAGUGACUGGUGGACAAGAAUUGAGUGGAAUGUAUUGGGACACAUUCCUUCCAUUACAAGGGAGAUUUGCUGUUGUUCACCGAUCGAUGGUUAUUUACAAAAACACUCAGUAUCCUACAUCUGAAGUCAUCGCAGAGCCAUGGAUUUGUGGAGGCAUAAAUUUGUACGAGUCGAAUUUCGAGUACCAGAAACAAAUUUUUACUGCCCAAGUUAUUUUUCGUUAUCCAACCGUUGGAAGAAUGCUCAUGAGACAGGCGAAAGACGAACCUUGGGCUGACACCACCGUGAUGAUAGAGUACCUCGUCCAUGCGGAUGGAGCAGCUCUGAAUAAUUCUGCUGAUCACAGAUGGUCUAUAAACGAGUUACCUCCUGGCAAGGAUUUUUAUAACUGGACAGCAAGAUGUUUGAGUUCGGGUACUGUUUUCAAUCCGUAUAAGGUUGAUUUCGACAACAAGACAACGAAUGAAAAAUGUAACAUGGGAAGUAUCGGACUCUGCAGGUUAGGAGAUAUCUCUAAACGUCAAGGCACCCUUGACAUUUCCGGAAAAAUUGCUGACAGUGACAAAAUCUCCAGAAAAUUGUGGACUGAUCCACUGUUACCACUCACUGGACACAAUAGUGUUCUAGGAAAGUCGUUGGUUUUAUAUGAUGACCAUGGUCCUGAAGCCAGGGGAGAGCGAUUAGCAUGUUCUAUAAUUGGAGGAGUCUAUCGAAGAAAAGCUGUUGCUAGGGAUUGGUUCCCAAAUGGCGUUGAUUUGGAUGUGAAAGGAAAAAUAGAAUUUCUACAACAAACCGAGUACGAUAUCACGAAUGUUGAAGUGGGAUUAGAUGGCUUGUUUGGUGUCACUGAUUAUAAUAUUCAUUUGACGCCGGUAGAGGAGAGUCUCCAAUUUCCCUGCGAAGAAACUUCGCUGUAUGGUCUCUGGAAUCCACUGAAUGUUGAUCCGGCUUCAUCCCCGAGAGCAUACCAUGGCACGCCCGAUCAGUACGAAGUAGGGGACUUGAGUGGAAAAUUUGGUACCCUAGAAAAUCAAACUGUAUACAAGACAUUUUAUAAUGAUAGUCUGCUCACGCUAUUUGGUCCGAGGAGUAUAUUAGCCAGAUCUAUUGUGAUACAUAAGAAGAAUUCCAGAAGAGUUGCAUGUUCAACAAUUGAAAGAGGGUACAGUCCUUCAGAAGCAAGAGAGUUGAGGGCUAUUGCUUCCUUCCAUAACCCCAAUGGUCAUGCAUUUGGUUAUAUGAAAAUGCGACAAUUGAUUCACAAAGAUGGGAGUGCAAGUGACACAACAAUUGAAGUGAAAUUAAGACAUCCGGGAGUAAAUGACAGAAAUGUGACAAGAGAUCAUAAUUGGGCAAUUUAUGUAAAUCCUGUGGGAGUAGAUGCUACAGUCAAAACUUUGGCCACAAGAUGUGUUGCAGGAGGUUACGUCUGGAAUCCAUUCUUCACACAACUGGCUGAUCCUCUCAAUGAUGAACUGUAUCGACAAGAGUGCGGCCCGGAAAACCCGCUACGUUGCCACGUCGGUGACCUUUCUGCUCGUCUAGGUACCAUCGAUAUUGGAUUGAAACGAAAAGUCUUCAGUGACGCUAAUUUCCCACUAGAAGGUGAUGUUACUGCUAUUGGAAGGUCGAUUGUCAUAAUGGCACCAGGACGGAGAGGUGAAAGAUAUGCAUGUGCCAAUAUUGAACCAGAUUAUGAUAUUAUCAAGUAUGCUAAUAUCGAGAAACCACCGAGAUUUGUGGUGGCGCAAUUCAUCGAAGACGUGAGAGAAGUCAUGGGCAUUCCCGAAUGGUUUUUAAACGUCGACAGCAGGAAAACGAAAUCUCUGCACAAUGAAGCAUGCGUCCAACUGCUUCUCCACUUUAAAGGACCAAUUGCAGGAAAACUCGAACAAGACUUCAAUAGGCUGCUUUCUAUUGGAAGAUUGGAGGCACCGAGUUUGUAUGUUCCAGGGUAUUUCAACGAGAAGAGAAAGACGAAGAUAUCGUACAAGUUAUGUGGAGUGAAAGAUCCAAAUGAGAAAGGUAAAAAAUCAUCUAGUAGUUUAUUCCUCUUCGGAUCCAGCAGAGGAAGUAUAUUCUCGACUGACUUCGAACUAAUUUCAAUUAUAUGGGCAACACACCUCUGUUUUGUAAAUAUUUUCAACUAG